AUGAGCAAGAUGGAAUCCAGACUGGGGUCCCCGAGGCUGAGCGUGGCCACCAUCGCUCAGCUCUUCGGGGCCCCGCGCGCUCUGCCGCCCGUGGCAGCCGGUGAGCCCUGGGGCCCUGGCCCCUGGCCGGUGGUGGCGGACGAGCCGGCGAUGAUCAAGCGGGAGAAGCCGGAGCGGCCGCUGCAGACGCCGGCCCCGCAGGCCGCGCUGGCGGAGAAGGACAAGGAGAACAUCUUCCAGCAGCCAUGCCGCGGCGUGGGGCGGCCGCGCGCCCUGCGGGCCCGGGAGGCCUGGGCCGCCCCUGAGCCGCGGCGGCGGCGGCGGCGGGCGGGCGGCGCCCCGGGCCCCCUGAGCCCCGCGCCGGCCGCCGGCGACGGCCCCUUCGCGUGCCUGGACUGCGGGAAGAGGUUCAGCUGGUGGUCGUCGCUGAAGAUCCACCGGCGCACGCACACCGGGGAGAAGCCCUACCCGUGCGCCAAGUGCGGCAAGCGCUUCAGCCAGAAGCCCAACCUGGCGCGCCACCAGCGGCACCACACCGGCGAGCGGCCCUUCCCGUGCGCCCAGUGCGCGCGGCGCUUCAGCCAGAAGCAGCACCUGCUCAAGCACCAGAAGACGCACGCCCGGCCCGCCGUCCACCCGUGCCCCGAGUGCCCGCGCUGCUUCCGCCACCAGCUGGGCCUCCGCGUCCACCAGCGCGCGCACGCGCGGGGCCGCCCGGGCGCCCGGGCCCCGCGCCCCGGGCCCGCGCGGGGACCCCCGGACUGGGCCUGGCUGGGGCUGGGCCGGGACUGGUGGGCGGCGGGGGCGGCGCGGGGGGGCCGCUCCGGGGCGGGCGGGCCGCGCCAGUUCAUCUGCACCGAGUGCGGCAAGGGCUUCUCGUGGUGGUCGUCGCUGAGCAUCCACCGGCGCAGCCACACCGGCGAGCGGCCCUACGCCUGCCCCGAGUGCGGCCGCCGCUUCAGCCAGAAGCCCAACCUCACGCGCCACCUGCGCAACCACACCGGCGAGCGGCCGCACCCGUGCGCGCUCUGCGGCCGCGGCUUCCGCCAGAAGCAGCACCUGCUCAAGCACCAGCGCACGCACCUGCCGGGCGCCCGCGCGCGCGCCCCGCCGCCCGGCCCCGCGCCCCGCCGCCCCCGCCCGGCCCCGCCCCGGGGCCCGGACCCCGCGGCGGAGGCCGCGCCGCCCCCCGGCGAGCCGCGCCAGUUCAUCUGCACCGAGUGCGGCAAGGGCUUCUCCUGGUGGUCGGCGCUCACCAUCCACCGGCGCAGCCACACCGGCGAGCGGCCCUACGCCUGCCCCGACUGCGGCCGCCGCUUCAGCCAGAAGCCCAACCUCACCCGGCACCGGCGCAACCACACCGGCGAGCGGCCCUACCCGUGCGCGCUCUGCGGCCGCGGCUUCCGCCAGAAGCAGCACCUGCUCAAGCACCAGCGCGUCCAUGGCGGGCCCGCCGCGCCCCGGCCCGGCCCCGACGGGGAGGACGAGGGGGAGGACGAGGACGAGGAGGAGGAGGCGCUGUAG